AGCCUUUCUCUGUAGCACACACAGACACACAGACCAGAACAGACUGGGGGGAAGAGAGAGGGAAACAGACGCACUGCAAAAUCCAGACGCAUCAACAGCCACCCUAGCAGCUCAAACCACCACAGCAGAUGGGGCCCGGAUUGUUUUGGAACUUCUCUUCAAAGGCUAACUGCUCGGUGCCGCAGAGCCUGCUGCAGACCAUGUUGCUCUCCAGGAUGGCUGGGAUGAAGGAGCAGCAAUUUACUGAGGAGAAACCCCUACUGCAAGAACAAAGAGGACAAGACACUGAGAUGGAGAACUGUGAGACCCUGAUGCCCAUUGGAGACUGGAAGGAACAUGACAUUGAGACUCCUUAUGGGAUGCUUCAUGUGGUGAUCCGUGGUGCACCCAAAGGAAACAAGCCUGCCAUCCUCACCUACCACGAUGUUGGGCUUAACCACAAGCUGUGCUUCAACAGCUUCUUCCACAAUGAGGACAUGCAGGAGAUCACCAAGCACUUUGUGGUGUGUCAUGUGGAUGCUCCUGGACAGCAGAUUGGAGCCUCUCAGAUGCCACAGGGGUACCAGUACCCCACCAUGGACCAGCUGGCAGGCAUGCUGCCCAGCGUAGUGCAGCACUUUGGAUUCAAGAGCAUCUUGGGCAUUGGAGUUGGAGCAGGCGCCUACAUCCUGGCCAAAUUUGCUCUGAUCUUCCCUGACCUGGUGGAGGGCCUGGUGCUGCUCAACAUCGACCCCAACGGGAAGGGCUGGAUCGACUGGGCCACUGGCAAGCUGUCUGGUUUCACCAGUGCUCUUCCAGACACUGUGCUGCCCCACCUCUUUAGCCAGGAGGAGCUGAUGAACAACACAGAGCUGGUCCAGAGUUACCGUCAACAGAUCAACAACACUGUCAACCAGGUCAACCUGCAGCUCUUCUGGAACAUGUACAACAGCCGUAGGGAUCUGGAGAUGAACCGCACCGGGACCAUCAUCAAUGCCAAGACCCUGAAGUGCCCCGUCAUGCUGGUUGUUGGUGACAACGCUCCAGCUGAGGAGGGAGUGGUCGAAUGCAAUUCCAAACUUGACCCAACCAACACCACCUUCUUAAAGAUGGCUGACUCUGGUGGACUCCCUCAGCUCACACAGCCUGGAAAACUGUCCGAAGCAUUCAAGUACUUCCUCCAGGGGAUGGGCUACAUGCCCUCUGCCAGUAUGACCCGUCUGGCCCGCUCCCGGACAGCCUCCCUCACCAGUGGCAGCUCCAUUGAGAGUUCUCAUCGGGGUUUUACACACUCUGACAGCAAUGAGGGCCAGGUCAGCCACACCAUGGAAGUGUCUUGCUGAACCCCCACACACACACAGACAGACGUGGGUUGGAGAUAGGGACGUAUAGAGAGAGAGAGGGGGAGAGGGGGUAGGUGGAGGAUGCCUUCUCUAUUUAUCUCUCUAUGUCUUUGUUGUAGUAUUACCCCAAAUCCCUCAGUAUUUGACAACUUCUGUCACCUCCUCCCCUCAUUGUAAAAACGGACACCAACGUAUUACUCUUUCCCUUAAACUUUGUAAGCAGUUUUGCUUUUGUGUGUCAUUUGUGUUUUGCUCAGUGUCUUCUCCCCCCUUUGCCUUUUCCCUGCUCCCCUUGCCCUAAACCUGCCCCCCUCCUCCUUCCACUCAGACCCAUCUGCCCCCUGGCACCCCUCCACUCAGGUCCCUCCCACACUCAUCCGCUUGUCUGAUGACAAUCUCUGUGAGGUGAUCAAUGAUGGUAGUUAAGUGGGUUGUAUGUAGUCAGUGAAGGUAGUUUGUCAUUGGAGAGAAGACAUGCUAGCAAGAGGACAUUUUGUUGUAGUUGGUACUAUUCAUCCUAUUUGUCUUGAACAAUAGGACAGCAGAGAUUAUGGGCCUUUGUCUGGGAGGUCCCAGAUUUGACAGAAAGCAGCACACAACCUAUUAUAUUUUAGAGAGUUUUACGUCACACAGUGGAUAUGCCUCUCUACCUGAAGGAUGCAUCUGUGUCACAGGCACUAGUAUUCUCACUCCACAUCCCCUGCCAUGUGGUUUUCCCAGGGAUUGUCAUACAGAAGCAUUAAUGAACAUAGUGUGAUUCUAUAUACCCUAUCGCCACUAAUAGGAGCAUCCAUUCCUAUAUAGUUAGUGUGGCCAUGGUCAUCUCCACCUCCCCAACAUGGAAGUGGUUCUGUUGAGGAUUGGUUCUUAGUGGUCUCCCAAAUGACAAUCACAUUUUGACCCAAACCAAACCAGACCUAGGAGCCAAGGCAGAACCCGUUACAUAUGAGAUGUUCUUCUCUCAUGUUAGCACCACAAGACGGAACUACAGCUGGCCUCUCCUUCUACAGCACUCAGCCCCACACAAAGAAUAUACCAAAGCUACACACACACUUACCUAUGAGGGCUGGGCUCUGUAAGGGAACCGAGCCAAAGUAUAUGGGCACUUAUUGACACACAGUAGCACAAAACACACGCGUGCCCACACAAACGUACGCAUACACGCAAACACACUGUCAAUGUGUCAUCACAAAACAAAUGUUAUUGUAUUUACAUCCAUACCCAUGCAUAACUUACACAGAGAAUCAAUAUCCUAACAUCCCACAGACCUCUUUUUUCACAAUGCUAUUGAGCUGGAAUACUGGUCGUUGUGACUAGGUGUGUGCUGCUAGCUGCUGAGAUGGACUACCCAUUGAGUCAGGCUGGUCCUUUGAGGAACUGGGAUCCCUGACAAUUUGCACUGUAAUAAUUUUCUACAUUUGAUUUGCAUUCCUUAUUUUCAGUAACAACUGUUGCCUGUCAUCUAUUUGAAUGUCAAUCUCUCUGUUUCCCCCAACAGGGGUGAAGUGGGAUAACUACUACCGCAGGGGUGCUUCCUGGGACUGUCUGUAAGGGGCAGGGCUUUUUUGGAGCCCAUUGCUCCAAGCUCGGAAUGUAGGGCAACACCCACCCCCAACCACCUCCAACCACCCCCAACCACCCCCAACCACCCCCAAACACCACCAACCACCCCCAACCACCUCCAACCACCCCCAACCACCCCCAACCACCUCCAACCACCUCCAACCACCCCCAACCACCUCCAACCAAAACCACAAGGUUCCCCGCCCCUCACAGACACAUCCAGUCGCCCCAAAAGGGCUAUCAGCUGAGGUCACUUUUCUGUUCAUAGUGCUGCCUAGCAACAGUGUACCAAUGUGCAAGGGACCCCAGGGGGGCUGCAGCGAAGAUUGUAGGAAAGAGCAGAGAUUCUAUCUGGAUGAAUGAUGCAUUUUCAUUUGUGAAGAUGCAGUGUGAGAGCGAAGGGUCUACAAAAUGUUCUGAAAAGGGGAUAAUAGAGGGGUGAUAAAACAUGUAAAUUGGCCUUCGGUGAGAGGAUAUUAGGACUAGUCAGAACAACAAACACUCCUUUCUACUCCUCCAAUCUGUUUUCAUGCAUCGGAGUGUGAUAUUCAACAUUGUUGCCAUGCAUUUUCUCUCUGUAAGACUACUGUUGCUGUCAGCUCUGUGCCGACCUGAUUCUGCCCCCUUCCUCAGUCUCAAACAUACUGCCUAGGGGGCCCUGAAUGUAAUUUGUCCCUUUGAAAUGCUGUACAGUAUAGUCAAAGUGCCCCCUUCCACCCACCCACCGCCAUUACCCCCUAGGGCUUGUACCUGCUAACCUGACCACCCUACACCCCAACUCCUUCCACGUCUUCCCUGCGCUGUAGAUACUCACUGUUUUUAGAGCAGGUUAACUGAAAGAGGACUCCAACACUAUUGUAUUGUGACACAUUCCGCAUUUUGGUUCCUCUUUCCUUGAGUUCCUCUUUUUAUAUAACAAUAGAAUGGAGUUAUCUGUGAUAUUACUGGUCCUUGUGUAUUAUCAUUACUAUAGUAUUAUUGAUUUGUUUUCUGACUGUUUGGUUUCACAGGAGUCUCCCAGCAUUGUUUCUCUUCACAGAGAUAGUAGGGUUGAAUCUUACCUGCUUCGUCAUAAAAUGUGAAAUGUAAAGUUGAAAUAUAUGUACUGUUAGUGGUCUCUGUCCAUGUAUUGAACAUGUAAUGAAAACAAAUAAAAAACUGUCAGUAUAGUCA